AUGCUGUCAACAAACGCUUUUGUUUCAUGGAUUCUUGUAUUGAGUUGUUUCAGGUUGCUGAAUUUUGCUGUGCCACAGGUGCCUAAAGAAGAAGUGGAUGUGCUGCAACAAAUUGUUACUGCAAUGGGUGCAAAAUUCUGGAAAUUUAAUGCCAAUUUAUGUGAUAUUGAACUGGUUGGCGUUACACAAAUUGCUCCAAGUGGAUCUGAGGGUUAUGUUGAUUGUGACUGCACCUAUGAAAACAACACCGUGUGCCAUGUGACAAAAAUUGUGCUAAAGAGUUAUAAUCUUCCAGGAAUUCUUUCGCCUGAAAUUGUGAAGCUUCCGUACCUCCGAGAUAUUGAUUUUGCUUACAACCUCCUCACCGGGACAAUACCAAUUGAAUGGGCUUCAACACAGUUGAAUUUUGUCUCUCUUCUUGUGAACCUGUUAUCAGGGAAAUUACCGGAGGAACUGGGAAACAUUACUACCCUCACGUACCUGAGCCUUGAAGUCAACCAAUUUUCAGGCUCUAUUCCUUCUGAACUUGGGAAGUUGAUAAACUUGAAGACUCUGGUAUUGUCCUCCAAUCAAUUUACCGGAAACUUGCCAACAUCUUUUUCGGAACUGAUAAACUUAGAUGACUUUAGGAUAAAUGAUAACAAUUUCAGUGGACCGAUACCUGAAUUUAUUCAGAACUGGAAACGGCUAACACAUUUAGAAAUGCAUGCGAGUGGAUUAGAGGGACCAAUUCCCUCGAGCAUAUCUUUUCUGACAAUGUUAACCGCCUUGAGAAUUAGUGACAUAAAAGGGCCAACUCAGGGAUUUCCUGUACUGCGGAGCACGACAAGCAUAGUAACACUGGUGUUAAGAAAUUGCAACAUUUCUGGAAAAAUUCCUGCAUAUGUAUGGAAAUUUCGGGUUCUACAGAUGUUGGAUGUGAGUUUCAAUAAGUUGGUGGGAAAUAUUCCAUAUGACAUCGCAAGAAAUCUGAAAGUUGUGUUUGUCACUGGAAAUAUGCUAAGUGGAAAUAUCCCAGAUGCACUCUUGAAGGAUGGAAGCAAUAUUGAUCUUUCCUACAACAAUUUCACAUUGAAAGGCCCUGACCAAUCGGCUUGUCAAUCAAACAUAAAUCAAAAUGUGAACCUGUUCAAAAGCUCUGCUACUGUAAAUCCACCACAACAAAUGCUUCCAUGUACAAGAAAUGUAGAUUGUCCCAGAUACAAAUGUUCUUUCCAUGUUAAUUGUGGUGGGGGCAAUUUGGAAAUCAAAGAAAGCAACAGAAAAGUUACUUAUGAAGGAGAUGUUGGAGGUGAUGCAAGAUUUUUAAGUGCCAGCAGUUAUUGGGGGUUUACUAGUUCUGGAGAGUUCAUGGACCUACCUAGCAACCAAAAUUCACGUUCUAUCAGAACCACGUCAACUGCAAACCUCUCUGAGUUAUAUUGUACUGCACGUCUCAGUCCUCUUUCGCUUACGUAUUACCAUUAUUGCUUGGAGAAUGGGAGUUAUAGCGUUAAUCUUCACUUUGCUGAAAUACUAUUCACAAAUGACAACACAUAUAACAAACUUGGAAAGCGGAUGUUUGACAUAUACAUCCAGGAAAAAUUAGUUUGGAAAGAUUUCAACAUUGAAGAUGAGGCUAGGGGAGCUCAAAGGCCCGUGACCAAACCUUUUAAUGUCACUGUAUCAGAUAAUACUUUGGAGAUCCGAUUUUACUGGGCGAGUAAAGGAACUACACGAAUUCCUAAUAAAGGAGAUUAUGGUUCCAUUAUAUCGGCUAUCUCUGUCAUUCCAAACUUCAAAAUUUGUUCAAAUGGAGGCAAGAAAAAUUUAACUGUUUAUGUAAGUGUUGGAGUUGUGGCCAUAUGCCUUAUUUUCUCAAUAUUUGGCUUCCUUUGGUGGAAGGGUUGUUUGAAAGGCAGAAAACGGAAAGAUUUUGAAGGUCUAGAAUUGCAAACAGUUUCUUUUACUUUGAAACAAAUAAAAGUGGCUACUAACAACUUCGAUCCUACAAACAAGAUUGGAGAAGGUGGUUUUGGUCCGGUGUACAAGGGUCAAUUAUCUGAUGGUACUGUUACUGCCGUAAAGCAGCUCUCCUCUAAAUCAAGGCAAGGAAAUCGUUCAGAGGAAAGUCAGUUGAUGCUGGACUGGCCAACGAGGCUUAAUGAAGAAGAAAAGACCCAUAUUAGCACCCAAGUUGCUGGAACAAUAGGUUAUAUGGCACCGGAAUAUGCACUAUGGGGACAUUUGACCGACAAAGCAGAUGUUUAUAGUUUUGGAGUCGUGCUUUUGGAAAUUGUCAGUGGCAAGAGCAACAACACAUACAUGCCAAGUAGUGAUUACACUUGCCUAUUGGAUAUGGCUUGUCACUUGCAAGAAACUAAUUGCAUAGACAAACUUCUCGACAAAAGGCUGGGUUCUCAGGUGAACCCAGAAGAAGUAGAAAGGACGGCAAAAGUGGCUGUUCUCUGCACAAAUUCAACUGCAUCUGUUAGGCCUACCAUGUCCGAGGUUGUCCAAAUGCUCGAAGGAAAUAUGGACAUUCCAGAUGCACCCAACGAAGGCAAUGAUGUGAGGUUCAAAACCAUAAAAGGCUUAAACCAAGAAUGGCAAAAUCGAAGUUCAAGUGGAAAUCAAACUCAGAAGUCUGCCAUUGUACAAACAGAUGCAGAAGUUUCUACUCAAUCACUGAAUCUUUUAAGUCCGAAUAGAGAACAAGGGAGUGGUUUUGAAGGACCCAUACCUUCUAGUAUUUCCAUCUUGAAAAAUUUAACUGAACUACGGAUUGGUGACUUGAAUGGAGGUGCUUCAGAGUUUCCACUGCUAAGAGACAUGAAAAGGAUGCAGAUGUUGAUGUUAAGGAGCUGUAAAUUGUCUGGAAACAUUCCUGGAGAUCUGAGCUUUAACAAGUUGAAAGGAGAUGUUGCAAAUCUUGAAGGCCUAUCAUAUCUAGAGAUCAUCCAAAUUGAUCUUUCUUACAAUAACUUCUACGAGAGUUCUGUGCCAUCAAGUUGUCGGGAAACUCUAAACUUGUUCAGAAGCUUUAGUAGAGGAAACAGUUUGGAAGCUACGGUUGGAAAUGCAAUUUUUGAAGCUGAUGAAGAAUCAGCGGGUUCAGAAAAAUUUGUUCACUCAAAAGAGAACUGGGGAUCUAGUAGUACAGGAUACUUUUUGGGCCGUAACAUAUCGAUAAAUGACUAUACAGCAAAUAAUGUGUCUGUGCUCAAAGUGAAUGACUCUGAACUCUAUACGAGUGCCCGUCUUUCUCCUUUAUCUCUCACUUAUUACCGGCAUUGCUUAGCAAAUGGAAACUACACUGUGACACUUCACUUUGCAGAGAUAAUUUUCAGAGAUAAUCGCUCUUUUCGGAGUCUUGGAAGACGGAUGUUUGAUGUGUAUAUCCAGGGUGAACGGAAAUUAAAUGAUUUUGAUAUUGAAAAAGAUGCAAAAGGAGUUGACAAAGUUGUAAAACAAAAAUUUAAAGCCAUGGUAAAGAAUAAAACUCUGGAGAUCCGAUUUCACUAUUCUGGGAAAGGAUCAACAACCGUCCCCAGUCGCGGUACAUAUGGCCCUUUGAUAUCUGCUAUAUCCGUGGAAUCUGAUUUUAAGCCUCCAUCAAAAGGCAAGAAGAAGAUUUUCAUUGCAACAGGAGCAGCGGCUUCGGCAUUUUUUCUUAUUCUCAUUAUUCUUUGUUUUUCUUGGUGGAAAGGGUACAUCGGAGGCAGGAUCUCAAGGGAACAAGAACUAAGAGGAUUAGAUUUGCGGACUAGGUUAUUCACUUUAGACAAAUCAAAGCUGCUACAAACAAUUUUGAUGCUGCAAACAAAAUUGGGGAAGGUGGUUUCGGAUCUGUCUACAAGUGGGUACAUGGCUCCUGAAUAUGCGAUGUGGGGUUACUUAACCUACAAAGCAGACGUGUACAGUUUUGGUGUUGUUGCACUAGAAAUUGUUGCUGGAAAGAACAACAUGAAAUAUUGUCCCAAUGACAAUUUCGUUUGCCUUCUUGAUUGGGCUAUGGUUUUACAAAACAAAGGGAGGUUUAUGGAGCUAGUUGAUCCGAGGUUGAGUUCUAAUUUCGAUAAAGAAGAGGCAGAAAGAAUGACAAAAGUUGCUCUAUUGUGCACUAAUCCAUCUCCGGCACUGAGGCCUACCAUGUCCACGGUAUGUGGCAUGCUUGAAGGUUAUAUAAAUGUUCAGGAGUUUAAAAUGGAUCCAAGCAUCUAUGAAGAUGAAUUAAAGUUUCAAUCACUCAGAGAGAAGUUUCAAGACAUUCGACUUAAUUCAAGUGAAACUCGGAACCUCAUUCAUACGGUCUGA